GUCUACUACUAGACGCGAGUGAUUUAAUUCAAUCUGUGUUGUUUAUUUUGAGAUGAUUAGCUGAAAGAGUAUGUGGCUUGUAGUCAGUCUGCGAUCUAGACGCAUUCGACCUACAUUCCACAGACGGUUUAGGGGACAUUCUUAGGGGAUUCACACAAGUUUAGUUCCCGAUGUUCUUUUGAGUUGUGAUAAUUUCUCUGCGCCCGGUUGAUCCUGGUUAAAAGUGAAUCAACUAAAAGUGUUGGUGUUGAAAUAACGAACUAACCAUGGAAGGUGGCACACUGAUAUUCUGUAUUAGAUACAAACACCGAGAAGAAGUUGUUGAAUUAUCCGAAUAUAACACAGUUGGGGAUCUGAAGUUAGAAAUCCAACGAAUGUUCAAUGUGGAAACAACAAAGCAGGAUAUUAUCGGCUGGUCUGCUACUCCAGAAAGCGAUCAGUAUAUAUUACGCACGUGUGCUACAGAUGAAUUUAAUAAUUUAGUGGUUACUGAAUCCAUCUCAUUUGAUACUGACUCAGAUAUUCGUUAUUCAAACACCGAGGCUUUUGCAAUGGAUGAUAGACAAACUGAAUCUAUUCCAAUCUCAUCCGAUACUGAUCCAGAUAUUCGUUAUUCGAACACUGAGGUUUCUGCAGUGGAUGAUGAUGAAACUGAUUUUGUGGGUCUUGAAUUGAAAGCUAUCAGACGAUUAAGGCAACAUUUACCAAAAGAUUUCCCAAUGAAGUUUCAUGCAAUGUGUUUUAGUGAUGUACUUGCUUUUGUGAGGGACUUACCCGAGAAAAAAGCGUUAUUGCUGUACGUUCAUAAUUCCAAAGACAUAUUUUCUAGAGCAUUUCUUAAACAUCUAUAUAAUGAAGAACUAAACUCGAUUAUAAGAAAUACUUGUUUCGUUAUCGGUUGGGACGUUGAAGAUAAUACACUGCAUAAUGCAUUGAUUCGUGUCCUGAACCAUAAUGCGAAACUGUCUACAAUGUCUCAUUUAAUCAUGGAUAAAGUUGGAUCAGCUAUAUGCCUUCUUCCAGAAGACAACGAUAUUUCACUUAUCUGUUGCCUCAGGGGCAACGUUAGUGAAUCUUCUUUAAUUUCAAGCUUUAAAAACGUUCAACAAGUGUGCGAUGAUUACCAUAUCACGAGUAUGAUAGAUACUUACACAGGUACACAGACAGACCCAGAGCUCGCAGCAAUUUCAAGUCUCCAAAAAAAGCUUCCGUCUGGAAUAUCUGUUACAAUCCGACACUGUAGCUUGAGCGACGCCAUUAAUUCUAUAUGUACUGGUCCUAUCGAUGAGCGAAAAGCUUUAUUGCUGUUUCUGCACAAUUCUGAACAACCAUUUUCACAAAUGUUUUCACUGAGUUUAAAAAACGAAAAAGUAUCUGCUAUUUUGAGAAAACACUUCUUGGUGAUAGGAUGGGAUGUGGAAAACACUGAUUACCAUGAUGCCUUAAAGAGUGCCUUACGUGUUCACACAGGUUUAGAAUAUAUGUCAGAUUUUGUCAGUAAAAAAGCUGCAAUUGCAUCGAUCCUUCUUCCGGUCAGCAAUACUAUAUCUACAUUUACGUGCCUUCGUGGAAACAUGACAUCGAAAGGUUUGAUAGAAAAUUUAAAACAAGUUGUAAUUGCACUGACGACAGCAAUUAAAGAGGAAAACGAAUUGAUCGCAAUUCAAAACAGUAAGUCUAGUGAGAAUGACGUGAGUCCGGAGAAAAUGCAGAAAAUGUGGGCAGAUAUGCUUGGAGAUAGAGACUAUGAUGCAUUUUAUUUCAACGAACAUGAACUUUUAAAACAAAAAAUCGCCUUUGCACUUGGGCUAUCUCUAACAGAUACUGGAUAUGAUUCGAAGAGCCAGGAAAAAAUUGAAUCACUUUACGAAGUGAUUAAAGAGCAAAGCAGGUUAAUAGCUGAAUUUAAGGACCAUAUAGAAAUAGCAUUUGUAUUCAACUGCUUAGUGCCUCUAAACGGCGCAAAAAUUAAAAAAGCGGAAAAAGACCCCAAUUAUAAUCCAAAAUCAGAUUUUAGUCCUGUCCCAGUAUUUAUACUCAGAAAGUGCAGAAAUAGUGAAAAGCCCUGCAGGAUAAUUAUUGACAUUGAUGAGCGAGUAUAUAGUAGCUGGGCUAACUAUCUGACAAAGAACAAGCAUCCGGAAUGCAGAAUGAUUUUUCCACGAAAUGGCAGGUACCAAGUCGGAGAUUAUAUAUUACAAGAGAAAAUGUCUCCCGCAUAUGGAUUUGAUGUUACGGCUCUCAAAGUUGCUGAUGGCGUUGCAAGUGCGGCGGGAUUAGCUUCUGGAGCUAUAGCGAUAACUGCAAGUAUAGCAGCCUUACCAGUGGUUGCUCCUUCUGUCUUAAUUGGUGCAGGAGUAGCUGGGGUUGGUGCCGGAGUGUGGGCUAUAGGGAGAAGUGCUUAUUUACUCUAUGACCGAGCGACGCAUUCACAGACAAUGAGUGUUAAAAAUUCGGAAGCACGUGCAGCAUACUUAAAUCUGGUGGCUGGAACGUUAGGAAUUUGUGGCGUUGGAUCAAACGUCUUAAUAUCUCAACUCGUGUCAAGAGGCGUGAACAUUGGGCAGGCCGGAGCGUUCGCUGCCAACACAAUUGGAGUUUUAAAUAUUUCUGCAGGAGGCGUUAGUAUGAUUAAUUCGGGGUAUGAACUAUGUGACCAGUUGAUCAAUGGCGAUCAAGCACCUUCAACACUUGUAUGGCUUCAAUUUGCAUCGUCGGUACUAUUCUUUGGGCAUGCAGUGUAUAGCUUCAAGGGUGCUCAGACAAUUAUCGAAGAGACUCAAACGAAAGUGUUGCAAGAUUAUGAAAAUUCAUUGAGAAGCAAUAGGCACAGGAAAACAUUUAAUAAAUUGGUGCGACAGACUAUGAGCGAUCAUUCAGAUGGUGCUAGUGGCAGGGCCGAAGUAAUAUCGACAAUUCGAAAUAUUGAAAAUAAAAACGAAGUAUUCGCUGCGUUGACCCGAAAUCAGAAAAGGCUAACCAAAAGUGGAAUACGAUAUUCGGCUGGUGAUGGUGAAAUAACGUUCAAUGGAAUGGCGGUUGACAUGAAUCAGUUUAUUGGAUUAAAUCAUAAACAAUCUGAAAUAUAUUUAAAUAAUUUAGCACAGGAUAUUACAAGUAAUCAACCGUCAAUCAAUUCGUCGAGUAAUAUUAAUGGCGAUAAUGUUACGUUGACUAAUACCGUCAAUAGUUUGCUCCGAACUAUUCAAAUAGAUUCAUCUCAAGUGGAUAUCAGUAAUUUGGUAAGAGUAGUAUCAAACUUGUUGUCAUUUUGUAACGAACCUGUUAAAAAUAUGGUAGUGAAAGCUGUAGAUCAAAGCGUAAAAUUCAUCAUGAAGCAUCUAUCUGAAGAUAUUAUCAAGUUGAUCGACACAAUAAUUCCCAAAAAUAAUCAACUUUCUGAAUAUUUCCGAAUAGGAAUUUCCUUUUUUAGUCAAAAAGUAGACGAGAUGGAGAAAAAUUAUGAAAUGUUUCAAAAGACUAGCGAAGAAAAGUACAACAAUCCGUUAUUCAGAAUACUAAGCCCUGUGAAAGUUAAGCGUAUUGUGCAAAUUUUUGAGUUCAUUGUUCAGAAUAGCUAUUCGGGUAAGUGGCUCUGUGAGGCAGUGCUGAAUGAAAUGUCCAAAUUUAUCAGUGCUUGGAUAACGCGAAAAGUUUUCGAAUAUACAGAGAAGACCGAGAAAGAAGAAAACCGUAGAAAAUAUUCCGCUUCAUAUAAGCCUCAAAUAAUUGAUUGCAAUAUUUGUGGGGGGCAAUAUUUCAGUGAUUCUUGAACUAAAUCACAAAUAUAUCGAAAUUUUAACUUUCGCGAUGCAAUUUGUUUACUAUGUUUAUAGGUUUCACCUAAAAAUUGAGAUCUAAAUCUCUCUAAACCAAAAUUUCUGCUAUUUUCAAAAUAGCAAAAAAUGGCACACACACAUUUUCAAAUAGUUCCCGUAUAUUAUAAUUUGCGCCUACCAUUUGCACUAUGAUUUUUGCCAUUUUAUUAGCACUUCGAUAAAACUUACUUUAAUGGGAAUUUUAUAAGAACUGAUAUAACGUAUAAUACAAAAAAUUAAAUUAGCAGUUUUAACUCAUAUAAUCUGCAUGAUUAGGAACAAAUUUAGGACAAGCAUGUUAUCAGCCGAUAUUCGCAACUUCCUAUUAAAAGAGUGAGAACGCUGUCCAAGUUAUUUGAUUAAAUUUAUCUGAAAAAUAAAUUCCUCAUUUCAAAUACAUUUUUAAAAAUUAAACCACAGCAGUCAAGCAUUUAAUUAUUAACGGAUUAAUAAUUAUUGAUAUAACAACAAGGAACAGUCGCGAGAAAAAACAUUAAAUUUUGAAACAUUGGUGCUAUGCAGGUGAUAUUUAGAUUUAGAUUUUGAUUAGAUAGUUUGAUUAUUUUUGGGUCACAAUUCUCACAAAAUAUUGAUAUGUAGACAACCAAAGUCCAAGCAAAACUCUUCACAUAGGAUCUUCUCAGUAAUACACCGAUAAUCGGAUCGGCUCAUUGAGGAGGCUGAAAUAUCACAAAAAAAACAAAAACCUUUAUCUUCUAGAAGUUUUAAAAUUAUACUUCUUGUUUGAGUCGUAACAGUAUAAUUACAGCAAAUUGCGUAUUAUUUUCUGUAUUGUAUUAAUUAACUGUAUGUAUUAUGUAUUAUAACUGUAAUUAAUUGUAUUUUCUGUACAGUAUGUAUUAUGUAUAUGAAGAAAGUAAAUGUUAUUCUAUUUUGA